ACUCUCUGCUCCGCAAAUGGAGCAAGAGGAAGACCUCUUCCAAGUCUCCAUCUCCACCACCGCCGCCUCCACCGCUCCACCACCGCGCCGGCGGCCCAUAUGCGACAACUGCUCAAGGCCCAACCCAGUUUGCAUCUGCCACACCCUCCCGGCCCAGCCCAUUCCAACCACAACCCAAAUCAUAAUCCUCCACCACCCACACGAGGCCCAACACAAGCUCUCCACCACUCCCGUCCUCACCAAGUGCCUAGCCAACACCACAGCCCUCGUCGGCCGCCGUCUCCGUCGAGGCAACUCGCCUCUCCUCGACCAGUUGCCGCCCGCCAUCUACCUCUUCCCGUCGACCCACACGUCGCCCGCCGUCAACUUAUCCCGCCUGAGGGACGCGGACUCGCCCGCGUCCAAUCACACCCCUUCGGUCCUGAUCGUCUUCGAUGCGACAUGGAAGCACGCGAAGGAGAUGGUGAGCGCUAGCGAGGAUUAUUUGGGGAAAUUUGCGAAAAGGGUUUGCUUGGAUUUCGAUGAGAAUGAGAUUGGUGGGAGUAUCUAUGAUUCUGAUCUGAUUCUGAGGAAGGAGCCGUUUGGUGGGUGUGUGAGUACCAUGGAGGCCGUGGCUAGAACUCUCAGGGUUCUUGAGCCCAAUGGGCCGGAGAUUGAGGCCCGGCUGAUUGAGGUUUUGAGGGAAAUGGUGAGAUUGCAGGCUAGUUUUCUCAAGCCCAUGAAGCCCAGGCCCAAGUUGUUGAAGAAACCAAAAAAGAAGAUGGCGGAGGAGGUCGAGUGUGGAAGUUCCUAACUGGCAAGUCAUUGAUUUUUACAAGACAAUUUGAUGGUUAAUUUUUUGCAUUGUUGAAUUAUUACAGCUUAAAAUAUAUUUUGGCCCUUUGUUAUGCGUAUGACUUUUU